CAAACCGGAAGUAACGGACCGCACUACUUCCGGGUCACAGCUUUAGCUGACGCCGCUCUGCUGUGUGAUGUAAAGUCUUCGUUUGUCGACCUGCUGAACUAGCUCUGAAGAACAAACUCACUUUCUGCCAGAAGUGUCUGUUAAACCGCCAUCAUGGUGUUGGCCGAUUUGGGGAGGAAGAUCACCUCUGCGCUGAGGUCCCUGAGCAACGCCACCAUCAUCAACGAGGAGGUCCUUAAUGCCAUGCUGAAGGAGGUGUGCGCUGCUCUGUUGGAGGCCGACGUCAACAUCAAACUGGUCAAACAGUUGAGAGAGAAUGUCAAGUCCGCCAUAGAUCUGGAGGAGAUGGCAUCAGGUCUGAACAAGAGAAGGAUGAUCCAGCACGCCGUCUUCAAGGAGCUGGUCAAGCUGGUGGACCCUGGUGUGAAGGCCUGGACUCCAACUAAAGGAAAGAACAAUGUCAUCAUGUUUGUGGGUCUGCAGGGGAGUGGAAAAACUACAACCUGCUCUAAGUUGGCCUAUUAUUACCAGAGGAAAGGAUGGAAGACCUGUCUGAUCUGUGCAGACACUUUCAGAGCAGGUGCCUUUGAUCAGCUGAAACAAAAUGCCACCAAAGCCAGAAUCCCCUUCUACGGCAGUUACACAGAGAUGGACCCUGUGGUCAUUGCCUCUGAAGGGGUGGAGAAGUUCAAAGCAGAGAACUUCGAGAUCAUCAUCGUGGACACCAGUGGACGACACAAACAGGAAGACUCUCUGUUUGAGGAGAUGCUCCAAGUGUCCAACGCUGUGCAACCGGACAACAUUGUGUAUGUGAUGGACGCGUCCAUUGGCCAGGCAUGUGAGGCUCAGGCCAAGGCCUUCAAGGACAAGGUGGACGUGGCCUCUGUGAUCGUCACCAAACUGGAUGGACAUGCCAAGGGAGGCGGAGCUCUGAGCGCCGUGGCAGCGACCAGGAGUCCCAUCAUCUUCAUCGGAACAGGAGAACACAUUGAUGACUUCGAACCCUUCAAGACUCAGCCCUUCAUCAGCAAACUACUGGGAAUGGGCGACAUCGAGGGACUGAUCGACCGAGUGAAUGAACUGAAACUGGAUGACAACGAGGAGCUGAUCGACAAACUGAAACAUGGCCAGUUCACCCUCAGGGACAUGUAUGAACAGUUUCAGAACAUCAUGAAGAUGGGACCGUUUGGACAGAUCAUGGGCAUGAUUCCUGGUUUUGGGACAGACUUUAUGAGUAAAGGAAACGAACAGGAGUCGAUGGCAAGACUGAAGAAACUGAUGACCAUUAUGGACAGCAUGAACGACCAGGAACUGGACUCUAAGGACGGAGCCAAACUGUUCAGUAAACAGCCCAACCGGAUCCAAAGGGUGGCACGGGGGUCAGGGGUCGCCACCAGGGAUGUCCAGGAGCUGCUCACCCAGUACACCAAGUUCGCCCAGAUGGUGAAGAAGAUGGGCGGGAUCAAAGGCCUGUUCAAAGGUGGAGACAUGUCGAAGAACGUGAACCCGUCUCAGAUGGCCAAACUGAACCAGCAGAUGGCCAAGAUGAUGGACCCCCGAGUCCUGCACCACAUGGGGGGGAUGGCUGGACUCCAGUCCAUGAUGCGUCAGUUUCAACAGGGAGCUGCUGGAAACAUGAAAGGCAUGAUGGGAUUCAACAACAUGUGACCACAAACCCGCCAAUUGCCUUACAGCACAAGAAAAGAAACUCUUUAAAUGGAAGCCCUGCCCCCUUAGAAGGUAAAGGAGGAGGAGGCGGGGCUUAGAGACCAGCGUUUUGAGUUGAAUUUGAGCUUGAAUUCAAACAGGAUUUAAAGAAGUUCCUGUCCCUUUA